UGAGUUGUAAGGACCUACAUUCAUGUAUGUCCGCAACAGGAGGUAAUAAUAUUAAUUGUACUAUGAAAAGAAUACUGAUGAAAUUAUUUACUGACAAUUUACUGUCUCUAUUUUCUUAUAAUGGGAAAAAAGGAAAAAAGAAAUUUUGUGAUCUUAUUAUUUGUCCUGUUAUUUUUGAUGCUGUAAAAUGUCAAUCUAAAUUUAUGAAUGUUUCACAAAACGAAUUGGAAAGUAGAAUCAAGUACCAUUUAGCACAAGCACCAUUUAACAUUAAAAAAAAUGAUAAACUUGGCAUAAAUGCUGCAGCUGCAGACUAAAAUUGUCAAUUAUUGCCAUUUAUUUUAUUUUUAAUUUUCUGAAAUU